AGGCUUGUCUGUCUGUCAGAUCGGUUCAGUUGAGAGAGGAGUCUGUUGUCGGUUGAGUCCCUCCGCGUGCGAGUAGCUUGUUUGGAGCGGGUGACAGUUGUCGUUUCGCGACGGUGCUGGAGGCCGAGUAGCGCACGCCCCUUUGCACGUCGACGGCGACGUGAGUGGCCGCGGACGCAGUCAGGAUCGCGACGACGUCCCCGCUGACUCUCCGUAGCGCGUCGUAACGGACUUUCUUCAGCUGGCGGUGCUCUCAAACUUCACUCCUUUUUUUUGGUCGCCGCUUUGUCGGCCACAGUGAGGCCGCUUGUGCAUCGUCUCUGCAGACUUGAAGAGACAACGAGGAGCCGACCAUGAGCGGUGUCGAGGUAGAGAAGCAGGAGAAGACGGAGAAAGAGGAGAAGACUGAAGACAAGAAGGAGAUUGAAGAGGAGGAGAGGGAGAAAAUGCUGAACGAGGAGAACAAGAAGCAGACGGAGGAGGCCAAAGAGAAGGAAGACAAGGAGAAGGAGGCCGAUGACAAAAAUGAGGCGGAGGGCAACAAGGUGUCUACCGGAGAGGUCGAGAGGAAGCGAAAGGCUUUAGAGGAGGCGACAAAGAAGGAUGCCAAAGGACACAUCCCCAUCGGAGGCAUCAGAAUGCCGGGCUUCCUUCAGAGGCGCUCCAAAGCAGAAAAGGGCAAGGAGCCGGACCCGGAGGAGGGGGUGGACCUGCUGGAGGAGCCCGGCGCCGGGGCGGGCGCGUCCAAGGGCGAGGGGGACGGGGAGGCGGCGCGCGAGGGCUUCGGGCCGCGGUGCCAGCGCAGCCUGCGCCGCAUGCUGCCCGCCAUGUCGUCACUGCCCAAGGUGACGCUGCCGCGAGGGGUGCCCGCCGUGCGCCCGCACCUCGCCAGUCUCAAGCUCGCCAACCCCUUCGCCAAGAAGAAGAAGGAGCGCGACGUGGAGGCCGGCCCCACCGUGACGAGCGAGGAGAACGCCGCCCCGGACGAGACGACACCCGUGCAGGAGGCCGAGCCCGGCGCCGGCGCCAACGAGAAGGAGAUCGCCAAGGCCAAAGAGGCGGGCGUCGAGAUCGUCCCGGACACGCUCAAGAACGGCAAGGACGUGGACGUGGACGGCAUGGAGACGGUGCAGCUGGACGCUGAGGAAAAGGGCGACCCGGAGAAGGGUGCCGCAGGGGGUGCCGAUGCUUCCAAGGACAUCCCACUGCUGGAGCGGAUCCGCGGCUACAAGCACAAGACUGUCGCGGGUGGCGUCAUUGCCUUCGUACUGGCGCUCAUCAUCAUCGUCUCGAUCGCGGUCUCUGGUCCUCACCACGACUUCGCCAAGGGGCCGAUUGCGGACGGCAAGUUUGCUACGGCCACGGUCUCCUGCGGGCUCGUUCAAGGUAUCUUGGAAAGUGGUGCAUACACAUUCAGGGGCAUUCCCUACGCUCGUCCUCCUGUGGGCAAAUUGCGCUGGCAGCCAGCCCAGCCCAUGAACAACUUGGAGCACUGCUGGAAUGGCACAUUCCCUGCCCACAAUUCUUCAAACUACUGCUGGCAAAUCUUCCCUGAAGAUCAAUCAAUGAAUGGUGCUGAAGACUGUCUGACUCUUGAUGUCUUCACCCCUCAAGUGAGCUUUGAAAAUCCUCUUCCAGUUGUUGUAGUGGUGGGCUCCUCUCAUAUGACAGGAGGCUCAACUACACCGCUACUGCAGCCAACAGCAAAACUCUCUCGCGCAAAAGAAGUUGUAUUUGUACGCCCAAACUUCCGACUUGGGGUUUUAGGAUUCCUUACUACCAAUGCUCUGACCAAAUCAACAUACCCUCCAACAAGUGGCAACUAUGGCUUAUCUGAUAUCAAACUAGCUUUAGAAUGGGUGAAGCAAAAUAUUGAAGCAUUUGGAGGUGACCCCAAAUCUGUCACUGUUCUUGGAUAUCGGGCUGGUGCAACAUUAGUCACUGCUCUUACGUCUUCACCUGCUGCUAAAGGUUUGAUGAAGCGUGUUUGGGUGACCAGUGGAUCAGCUGACUUCCCUGGAAGGCCUUUGUCAGAAUCACAAACUGAUUCCUCACCUUUCCUAGCUCGCUUGCAACGGUUUUGCACUGAGGAUAGAAACUCCUCAAUCUCUGGAAUAACUGCAGACUGCUUGCGUUCCAUUGAAGUGGAAGAUCUGUUGGACGCUAUGCCAAAUGAAUGGAGACCAUCAAUGCCUGACCUUCCAGCUCCCGUUGGUACAGCUGGUAUGCCAAGCACUCAUCAGUGGCUUGCAUUAGAUGGUGACAUUCUGCGAACACAUCCCUCUGAAGUUUGGGAAAAAUGGGAAAAUGAAGGCAGCCCUCUACAGAUUGUUAUUGGUGCCACUGCUCAUUCUGAUGCUACUGUUGAACUUUACCGCAAUCUGUCUGAUGCCUCCUCCAAUAAUGCCAAUGUCAAUGAGCAAAACAUUAUUAACCACAUUGAGCACAGUGUUCUGGGUGAACUGAAUCUGACAAAGGAGGCUAUAAACCGUUACAAUGCAACAUGGCCAGGUUUGGCUGCGAUUGUCUCUGAUAUUCGGACUGUCUGUCCUCUCAAUGUCCUCGCUACCAAAAUGCCAUCAGCAUACUUCUAUGUGACAACUUUCCCAAUCAGUGGUUAUAAGGGAUGCGGGAGGGGCCGAUGGUCUGAUGCUCCUAAACGAUUAAGUGGAAAGACAAAGUGGCCUGCCCCACCGCUGGGCUGUGAAGUUUCCAAGUCUGAUGAUGAACUUCAGUACCAAGAACCACUGGCUGAGCUGGGUAUUGAUGUGGCUGCCAUUAUGGGUCGAGUGGAAGGAGCUACUCCUGAGGAACGCAGAUACAUUACAGCUAUGCAACAGUUGUUCUAUCAGUUUGUACGAUUCGGCGAGUUGCACCACAGCAGUGAUAGCUACACUGGACGUAUCCUAGUAGUUGAUCAAGACACACUUCCCAAAGUUGAAUAUCCCAACUGUAACUUCUGGAUUCAAAAGGAUGUUGUUCCAAGGUUUGGUCAUCGUAAUUAGUGAAUUUCUUUUUCUUCAAAGAAGUUCCACUAGAAUUGUGUGAUUUGUCUUCUUUGCCAAAGACGAUUUUUCCUCCCCCAUUUUUUCGCCAUAUUUGAUCAAGUGCUCUAAUGUUUUCAUUUUUACACUAGUUUUAGAUGACAUAAGUUCUAUGUCAUACUAUUCAUAUUAGUCUUUGGCUGUUUCUUCUCCAAAUUGGUCUGCGCCAAAACAGACAUUGACUGUUUAUGGCAAGGUCUUUUAAUCAAGAGAUCAUUUAAGUCAGUCUUUUUCAUUCGUUCCAUAGUAUUCUCCACUACUCAAUAUUUGUUGGUUCCGUUUACAGUAAUCCUCCCUCUUAAUUGUGGUGAAAUUCAAUACUAAACAUAUCAUGUUUUAGUCCAAUAAACUCCUCACCACAAACAAAGUUAAAUCAUACUGCUACUGAAUGUGUGAAUAUUCUCCCAUUGACAUCACAUAUACUUAUUGCAGUUUUGAUUCUAUUAAAAGUCUGACAGAAACAAAAGACAUGUUAAAUUUAUUAUUUUGAGUUAUUAUCUGCAAUGUAAAUUUGCACAUGUGUAAAUGUGAUUUUUUAUUAUUUUUUUUGCUGUGUGUCUGUGUGUGUGUAUGUGUGUACGUCUGGAUUUGGUAUGGAAAUGUGAGUGAUAAAAUGUAUUGAAUUGAAUUUUGAUGUGAAAUGAUGGAAGCGUACUGUUAAUCAUUUGCAGGUGUGGAUGUCUCUUUUUAAGUUUUAGUUUGUUAACAAAGUUGCCUUAAGAAAAAUGCUGCUUUACAAUGUAAGGGUACAGAUUUCUUUUUGUUCACUCUGGGCUUUCUAAUUGUGAUUUUGAUGAGUCAAUUUCAUUAAGGUUUACUUUAUGGUGUGUGUAUCCAAAGAAUGUCUUGUCUAUGGCACAUACUCCCUGACUGAAAAUGAUAGCCACUUUUACCCUGCAAACACAAGGAUGUUUUAAACUUGAGACUGAAUUACAGUUUAUAGAUUAAACCUGCUCAAACUGAAACUUGGUUCAAUUUUAUGCCAUUUUAUGUGUGGUCACGGCAUGGUUUGGUAAAUUAUUAAUCACUUGGAAAUUGCAGUUUAGAUGCUAUCAACUUGUACUUAACUGUUUGAAUAAUUUUGAUUUUGAUUCCAGAACCUUCUUGCUUUUUUCUUAAGUUACAUGCUGUUUUCUUACGCAUUACUAUAUAUAGCCAAAGGCAAGAACUUUCAGUUUUGAUAUUAUAGAUCAUUCAUUAUAUACCAAGUGUUUUGACUUUGUUUUUUAAAACAAUAUGGAAUAUGAUUUAUGAUUAUAGCUGACAACUUAUGUAAAUUAAUGUUUCUUUUGUAAAGUGCAGUCAGUCAACGUAAUCAUGUACUUCCAACUUUACUGUAGUCGUAUUCUAGCUGGUCUGCUGCUUUGUAUAGAUGGCAUUAGAAGCUUGUCCUUUCCAGUACUCAAGUAGAAUUUGAUCGCUCCAGUGUAUUAAAUUUUGUAAUUCCUAAUUAAUUACAAUUAUUGACAGGAAUUCUUGCUUGUUUCUGAACUGGUGCUGAGCUUCAAAUGAUUUAUUUGGUUGAAGAGAGCUAUCUUCUGUUCUUCCUGUGUAAGAUGAGGCAACUUAAACCAUUGACAAUGCAGUCUAGUUUAUUUAUGUUUAUGUAUAUGUAGUUGUAUUUGUUUUUUCCAGUCAAAGGUAAAAAAAACAGCUUAGGUUUAAAUUUUUUGAAUUAGUUUUUCUUGUGAUAUAAUGACCCAUGAACUGAAGAGAAUUAAGAUGAUACUGUACUCGAAAAGUCUAUUUCUUCCGCCAACUUACCUUUCUGUAUCUUUUAUGUUCUAGAAAUGUCCAAAGAAUGAAUUUUGUCCAGUAAGGACUUUUAAACCUGUAUUCUUGCACUAAUUAAUUUACUUCAUGACAGUGAAUUGCCAUGUAUUCUGAUCCUCAGUUGACUGAUUUGACAUUAAAUUUUUUUAAGCUCUCUUCUUA